CCACUAAUACCUGCUGCUGCUAACAGGAGGCGAUGGGGGAAGUUUCUUCACAGAGUCCCUGUCAGGCCAGAUCUGCACCUCAGGCUGAAUACUGAGUCUGUGUUAUUUAUUGGGAGGCCUCUGAAGAGUCCCAGAGGAAGCAGACAUGGCCACCAACUCUUUUCGGGGGUCCAAACAUGGGCGGCGUGGCGAGACAAACCACGAGGCGGAGUUCAGCUGCACUUUGCAGGAGCUGCGCUCCGUCAUGGAGCUGAGAGGAGAGGAGUCUCUCACCAGGAUCAAGGAGAGCUACGGAGACGUUAACGGACUGUGUGCCAGACUGAGGACGUCACCUAUCGAUGGUUUGGACGGGACGUCGGAGGACAUCGACAGAAGGAAAGAGGAGUUUGGACAGAACCUCAUCCCUCCUAAAAAGCCAAAAACCUUUUUGCAGUUAGUAUGGGAAGCCUUGCAGGAUGUCACACUCAUCAUCCUGGAGGUGGCAGCCAUCAUUUCUCUAGGCCUUUCUUUCUACAAUCCACCCAACGCCGAAAGACAGAACUGCGGCAGUGCGGCCGGCGGCGUGGACGAGGACGGCGAGGCGGAGGCCGGCUGGAUCGAGGGCGCCGCCAUCCUGCUGUCGGUGGUCUGCGUGGUCCUGGUGACCGCCUUCAACGACUGGAGCAAAGAGAAGCAGUUUCGAGGCCUCCAGAACCGCAUCGAGCAGGAGCAGAAGUUCACCGUGGUGCGAGGGGGGCAGAUGCUCCAGAUCCUGGUGUCAGAGAUCGUCGUAGGGGACGUCGCACAAGUCAAAUAUGGUGACCUCCUGCCGACUGACGGCAUCCUGAUUCAGGGCAACGAUCUGAAGAUUGACGAGAGCUCUCUGACCGGAGAGUCGGACCACGUGAAGAAGAGCGUCGACAAGGACCCCAUGUUGCUGUCAGGUACCCAUGUGAUGGAGGGCUCUGGUAAGAUGCUGGUCACGGCUGUGGGGGAAAACUCUCAGACUGGGAUCAUCUUCACGCUGCUCGGCGCUAGUGAAGACAGUGAUGUGGACGAGAAGGCUGAGAAAGAAAAGAAGGAGAAGAAAAAGAAGGAGAGGAAAGACAAGAAAAGUAAAAAAGAGGAGAAAGCAAAGAAAGGAAAAAAAAAGGAUGGAGGCCCGGUGGAGAUGCAGCCGCUCAACGAUGAUGGAGAACCGGAGAAGAAGAAAAACCUCAAAAAGGAGAAGUCCGUCCUCCAGGGGAAGCUGACCAAACUGGCUGUGCAGAUCGGAAAAGCAGGUCUGUUCAUGUCGUCCAUCACUGUCGUCAUCCUCAUCACUCGCUUCCUGAUCGACACCUUCUGGAUUCAGGGCGUCACGUGGACCAGCGAGUGUGUUCCCGUCUACGUUCAGUUCUUCGUCAAGUUCUUCAUCAUCGGCGUGACGGUGCUGGUGGUGGCCGUGCCUGAAGGUCUUCCUCUGGCCGUCACCAUCUCCCUGGCCUACUCAGUCAAGAAAAUGAUGAAGGACAACAACCUGGUCCGCCACCUGGACGCUUGCGAGACGAUGGGCAACGCUACGGCCAUUUGCUCCGACAAGACCGGCACGCUCACUAUGAACCGCAUGACAGUGGUGCAGGCCUACAUCGCGGGACAAUAUUACAAAAGGUUGCCGGAUCCGAAAGACAUCCCGGCAUCAGCCAUGGACCUGCUCAUCCAGGGAAUAGGGGUCAACUGCGCCUACACCACCAAGAUUAUGCCUCCAGAGAAGGAGGGCGGCCUGGCUCGCCAAAUAGGAAACAAGACUGAAUGUGCCUUACUGGGAUUCUCCCUCGACCUGAACCGAGAUUACCAGGCCGUCCGCAACGAAAUCCCAGAAGAGAAACUGUUCAAGGUCUACACCUUCAACUCUGUGAGGAAGUCCAUGAGCACCGUGCUGAAGAACCACGAUGGCAGCUAUCGAAUGUUCAGCAAGGGCGCCUCUGAGAUCCUGCUCAGGAAGUGCUGUAAGAUCCUGACCACUACCGGCGCAGCCAAACCCUUCAAAUCUUGCAACCGAGAAGACAUGGUGAAGCAGGUGAUCGAGCCGAUGGCGUCGCAGGGCCUCAGGACCAUCUGCCUCGCCUACAGAGACUUCCCCGCUGCUGAGGGAGAGCCCGACUGGGAAGACGAGGUGCACAUCCUCACCGGACUCACCUGCCUCGGCGUGGUCGGCAUCGAAGACCCUGUCCGACCCGAGGUCCCAGAUGCGAUCAGAAAGUGCCAGCGGGCGGGGAUCACUGUCCGCAUGGUGACCGGAGACAACAUCGACACCGCCCGCGCCAUCGCCACCAAAUGUGGCAUCAUCCAACCUGGAGACGACUUCCUGUGCAUUGAUGGCAAAGAGUUCAACCGACGCAUCCGCAACGAGCAGGGAGAGAUUGAGCAGGAGCGUAUCGACAAGAUUUGGCCAAAGCUGAGAGUCCUCGCCAGAUCUUCUCCGACAGACAAACACACUCUGGUCAAAGGUAUCAUCGACAGCACUGUGCUGGAGAAGCGUCAGGUCGUCGCUGUAACUGGAGACGGAACAAAUGACGGCCCCGCCCUCAAGAAAGCAGACGUCGGCUUCGCUAUGGGCAUUGCGGGGACGGACGUGGCAAAGGAGGCGUCGGACAUCAUCCUGACAGACGAUAACUUCAGCAGCAUCGUGAAGGCUGUGAUGUGGGGCAGGAACGUCUACGACAGCAUCUCCAAGUUCCUGCAGUUCCAGCUCACCGUCAACGUGGUGGCCGUCACCGUGGCCUUCACCGGAGCCUGCAUCACCCAGGACUCCCCUCUGAAGGCAGUGCAGAUGUUGUGGGUGAACCUCAUCAUGGACACCUUCGCCUCGCUCGCUCUGGCCACCGAGCCGCCCACCGAGGAUCUGCUGCUCCGGGAACCGUACGGACGCAACAAGCCGCUCGUUUCCCGCACCAUGAUGAAGAACAUCCUCGGACACGCCAUCUACCAGCUGACUGUCAUCUUCACCCUCCUCUUCUUGGGUGAGAACGUGUUCAACAUCGACAGCGGCAGGUAUGCCCCCCUCCACGCGCCGCCCUCCGAGCACUACACCAUCGUCUUCAACACGUUUGUCCUCAUGCAGAUCUUCAAUGAGCUCAACGCCCGCAAGAUCCACGGCGAGAGAAAUGUGUUUGACGGCGUCUUCAAGAACCCCAUCUUCUGCUCCAUCAUCCUGGGAACCUUCAUCUUACAGAUUCUAAUUGUCCAGUUUGGUGGUAAACCGUUCAGCUGUGUGUCUCUGAACAUGGAGCAGUGGCUGUGGUGCGUCUUCCUGGGUAUCGGCAGUCUGCUGUGGGGACAGGUGGUGUCCAGUGUUCCCACCAGCUGGCUGAAGUUCCUGACGACGGCGGGUCACGGCACUCAGCAGGACGAGAUCCCCGAGGAGGAGCUGGAGGACAUGGACGACCUGGACGAGAUCGACCACGCAGAGAUGGAGCUGAAGAGGGGACAGGUGCUGUGGUGCCGAGGACUCAAUCGCAUCUCCACACAGAUUCGUGUAGUGAACGCCUUCAGAGACACGAAGUACGAAGGACUCGAAACAGUUGAGUCUCGCAACUCCAUCCACAGCUUCAUGAGCAACCCGGAGUUCCGUAUCCAUGAUUCAAUGCCUCAGAUCCCCCUGAUCGAUGAGGCCGAUUGUGAGGACGAACCCCCGACCAAACGAAACUCCACCGUUCCUCCGACGCCAGAGACCAAGCCGUCGCCCCAGCCGUCGCCUCAGCCGUCGCCCCAGCCGUCGCCCCAGCCAACACUCCCGACAACGCUCCCGACUUCGCCCAACCAGAACAACAACGCGACGGAGCGCAGGAUCCCUCUCCCCGGCCUGGCAGCGCUUAACUCAGCCGGGUUACCUCCGUGUCCGGGGAGCCCGCUGCACAGCCUGGAGACGUCACUCUGAGGCCCACAUACAACCACUUCCUGUCACGAAUGUCUCAA